GAAACUAACACAUAGCACAUCUAUUUAGUUUUUCACUAACAGCAUGAAUUUUACAUAUUGAUUAAUUGAAUCCUGAUGUGAAUGACAAUGUGAUUUCCUAUGAAUGUGAAUUCUAGUUUAUUAAGUCAUUCGUGUUGAUAAUAUGUUGGACGUUGAUGAAUGGACUUUUGUGUAUCUGGGAGUCUUUGUUUGCUACCUCAUAGGAAUGGCAAGAAGUUCAUUGUGGCUAGAGAACAGGGAGUGUGUGUACAGUGAGGGUGGAAUGGGAGAUGAGGCCAGAGAAAUAGAAUGAAGCUGAAAAGGAAAAGUGACCUUCAGAAGCCUUGGUUUCUCCUUCACAUGUCCUUUAGUAUUUGUAUUGUUUGUGCCUGUAGAAGUAAAUGCUGUUAAGUUGGAAUUAUAAAAAGUUUUAUCAGCAUGACUUGGGCUAUAUAGAGUUGUGAGCAAUCAUUUCAUUUCACCACAGAAUGGCUCAUGGAGUGGCUUAUUCAUAUUAUAAGCGCACGAAGGAUUUAAUGGCAAAAAGGAAGGCAUGGUGUUUAAACAAAACUUGAAAAAGAAUUAAGCAUUUCUGUCUCUCAGAUAUUCCCUGACCAUCUCAGAUAAACUUGCUUUCCUCCUUUCCGCCUUUUCUGGGAUGAGAAACUGUGAGAGCUCAGCAAAGAUUAGGAGGCUAGGACAAGUUGGGGAAAAAAAGACAUAGGCACAAAUAAAUUAAAGCUAUACUGCCCAUUUUAAAAAAUGUGUUUUUUGUGGUUUUGAAUCAGGCGGGUCACGUGGUAUCUCAGUUUGUGUGAGCUAUAUAGAAGGAUCAGGUGUUUGGAAUUGAGAAUAUGGAGAGGCAUGUGAUUGUUUCCAAUGGUGAGUUCUAGAAUAAUUCCAGGGAAUGAGUGGGAGGUAGGAUGGUGCACAGGAUUGUUGGAAGAGAGGAAGUAAAGGCCAAGAUGUUGGGCGGACAGUUGUUACAGAUAUUAAAAUGCAGAAACAAUGACAGAAGAGAAUUCUGAGACUGAUGGUCAGCCAUAUAGAAGAAUACAUUGAACCUAUAGUUUUCUGAAGAAGCAAUUUAAAAGAUCCAAAAAACACAAAAGGAGAAGUACAAAUGUCUACCACAAGACGAAAACGUAAUAUGUUAUGUUGUUUACCGUAAGCUGUAGUAAAAUGAGCUCGAUUGUCGACAGAGAAGAUGGUAGUAUAUUUGAUGGGUUGGUGGAAGAAGAUGACAAGGACAAAGCAAAAAGAGUAUCUAGAAACAAAUCUGAAAAGAAACGUAGAGAUCAAUUUAAUGUUCUCAUUAAAGAACUGGGAUCCAUGCUUCCUGGUAAUGCUAGGAAGAUGGACAAAUCUACUGUUCUGCAGAAGAGCAUUGAUUUUUUACGAAAACAUAAAGAAAUCACUGCACAGUCAGAUGCCAGUGAAAUUCGACAGGACUGGAAACCUACAUUCCUUAGUAAUGAAGAAUUUACACAAUUAAUGUUAGAGGCUCUUGAUGGUUUUUUUUUAGCAAUCAUGACAGAUGGAAGCAUAAUAUAUGUGUCUGAGAGUAUAACUUCAUUACUUGAACAUUUACCGUCUGAUCUUGUGGAUCAAAGUAUAUUUAAUUUUAUCCCAGAAGGGGAACAUUCAGAGGUUUAUAAAAUACUCUCUACUCAUCUGCUGGAAAGUGAUUCAUUAACCCCUGAAUAUUUAAAAUCAAAAAAUCAGUUAGAAUUCUGUUGUCAUAUGCUUCGAGGAACAAUAGACCCAAAGGAGCCAUCUACCUAUGAAUAUGUGAAAUUUAUAGGAAAUUUCAAAUCUUUAAACAGUGUAUCGACUUCAGCACACAAUGGUUUUGAAGGAACUAUACAACGCACACACAGGCCUUCUUAUGAUGAUAGAGUUUGUUUUGUAGCCACUGUCAGAUUAGCUACACCUCAGUUCAUCAAGGAAAUGUGCACUGUUGAAGAACCUAAUGAAGAGUUUACAUCCAGACAUAGUUUAGAAUGGAAGUUCCUAUUUCUAGAUCACAGGGCACCACCUAUAAUAGGAUAUUUGCCAUUUGAAGUUCUGGGAACAUCAGGCUAUGAUUACUAUCAUGUGGAUGACCUAGAAAACUUGGCAAAAUGCCAUGAGCACUUAAUGCAGUACGGGAAAGGCAAAUCAUGUUAUUAUAGAUUCCUCACCAAGGGACAACAGUGGAUUUGGCUUCAGACUCAUUAUUAUAUCACUUAUCAUCAGUGGAAUUCUAGGCCAGAAUUUAUUGUUUGUACUCACACCGUAGUAAGUUAUGCAGAAGUUAGGGCUGAAAGACGACGAGAACUUGGCAUUGAAGAGUCUCUUCCUGAGACAGCUGCUGACAAAAGCCAAGAUUCUGGGUCUGAUAAUCGUAUAAACACAGUCAGUCUCAAAGAAGCCUUGGAAAGGUUUGAUCACAGCCCAACUCCUUCUGCUUCCUCCCGGAGUUCAAGAAAAUCAUCUCACACAGCAGUCUCAGACCCUUCCUCAACACCAACAAAGAUCCCAACAGAUACUAGCACUCCUCCCAGACCGCAUUUACCAGCUCAUGAAAAGAUGGCACCAAGGAGGUCAUCAUUUAGUAGUCAGUCCAUAAAUUCCCAGUCUGUUGGUCAGUCAUUAACACAACCAGUGAUGUCUCAAGCUGCAAAUUUACCAAUUCCACAAGGCAUGUCCCAGUUUCAGUUUUCAGCUCAGUUAGGAGCCAUGCAGCAUCUAAAAGACCAAUUAGAGCAACGGACACGGAUGAUAGAGGCAAACAUUCAUCGGCAACAAGAAGAACUAAGAAAAAUUCAAGAACAACUUCAAAUGGUCCAUGGUCAAGGGCUGCAGAUGUUUUUACAGCAGUCAACCCCUGGUUUGAAUUUUGGUUCUGUUCAACUUUCUUCUGGAAAUUCAUCUAACAUCCAGCAACUUGCACCUAUAAGUAUGCAGGGCCAGGUCGUUCAAACCAACCAAAUUCAGAGUGGAAUGAAUACUGGACACAUUGGCACAACUCAGCAUAUGAUACAACAGCAGACUUUACAAAGUACAUCAAGUCAGCAGAGUCAACAAAAUGUACUGAGUGGGCACAGUCAACAAACCUCGCUUCCUAGUCAGACACAGAGCACACUCACCACUCCGCUGUAUAACACUAUGGUGAUCUCACAGCCGGCAGCCGGAAGCAUGGUCCAGAUUCCAUCUAGCAUGCCACAGAACAGUACCCAGAGCACUGCUGUAACUACAUUCACUCAGGACAGACAGAUCAGAUUUUCUCAAGGUCAGCAGCUUGUGACCAAAUUAGUAACUGCUCCUGUAGCUUGUGGGGCGGUCAUGGUACCCAGCACAAUGCUCAUGGGGCAGGUGGUGACUGCCUACCCUACGUUUGCUACCCAGCAGCAGCAGCCACAGGCACUGCCAGCCACACAGCAGCAGAACUCCCAGGAACAGCCGCUUGCUUCAGUUCAGCAACCUUCUCAGGCUCCGCUGACCCAACCACCACAGCAGUUUUUACAGACUUCAAGGUUGCUCCACGGGAAUCCUUCGACUCAGCUUAUCCUCUCUGCUGCAUUUCCACUACAACAGAGCACUUUCCCUCAGUCACAUCACCAGCAGCACCAGUCUCAGCAACAGCAGCAACUGAAUCGGCACAGGACUGACAGUUUGACCGAUCCUUCCAAGGUUCAACCACAGUAGCACACAUCCCUCCUCUCUGAUCUCAGGAGGAAGGGGUUGUCCCUAAGAGUUGCUCAGAUGAUCUGAAACUAGGAGGAGAAGGUCCAGCAGUUUCACAAGAUGCAGUAUUGAGUGUUCUAGUUUCUGGACUUAGUUAGCAGGGAAAGUGCUGCCUAGUGCUACAGAUGUACAUUAAAUACCAGCCAGCAGGAGAUGAUCAUGGGGCCAUAGCCAAUUCUGACAGUGUUUUACUCGCCCAGCUAUUUUUCAAAUGGAAAGAUAGAUUGCCAAAUGUUAAGCUCAGCUAUGAAACAUGACCUCCGGUCAAUCAGAAAGGCACUAACAAUGUUAGUAACUUUUAGUGGUUCUGUGCCUGUUUUCAAGUGUUACAGAGGACACGCCACUGUCAUGUCAGGGGUUUGCGUACAACGAUGCCAUGAAGACAGUCCGGUAGACCCAGUAGACCCCUUCCCCAUCCCCUCUCCCUUUUCAGAUAAUGAUUGAAUAGUAAUUUCAGAAUGUCGUGUGGUUCAAAUGCUCUAUGUACAGAUACUGUAAAAAUAUUAUGUAUAUGUCUGGAUAAAAGGAGAGAAAGCAAAACAUUUUGUAAGCUGCAUGAAAGCAUUAUCUCCUCUUAGGUAUGAGUAUAUUUCCUUAGAUUCUGACGCCAUGUGCAAACUAGUACAUCCUCUGUUUCCCCUCUUGUUUACAACACGGUAGUGUUCUCACUUUUCCGGGGCACAAGGCUUUUUGUUCAUACUUUGGCUGUGAUGUCACAGUUUGUUCAGUGAGGUAUGAUGUGCUGCUGGGAAUGGAUAUUUUUUUCCAGGUUAAAUUAUUGAGACAACAGGAUUUUCAAGUUACUCAGAAAUAUCCUUUAUUUCAUUAUUUUUCAUUUAUGUUUGAAAAUAGGAUUUGCACUGCUUUAUUUUAGAUGGUUGGAAGUUUUGGUCACAUAUUUUGAUAUAUAGUUCAUAGUUGGAAAUAGUUGUGUAAACGGUUUUCAAUAAGCCUGAAAGUAAUUUCAAGAAUGUUUCAGUUAUAGGAGUAAAAUUUGCACACAAAAGAUUUUAGGCACUUUUUAACAUUCUCACUGGUGGGAAUUUUAACUUUUAGGAUUUGUUGGAAUCUUUUUAUUAUCCUUCACAAUUUCAAUGCUUCUUUUAGUCAGAAAUGAUUCAGGGUUAUUUGAGGGGAAAAAAAAAACCCAUAGUGCCUUGAUUUUGAUUCAGGUGAUAACUCACCAUCUUGAAUUCAUUGUCUGGUUUCAGUAGCAGUUUUGAAACCUUAGUACAUUUUUAACAGCAUGUGGGUGUCAGUGCCAUUAUGAUUCUCCUAAGUUUCCACGAAGACUGCUUUGAGUCUCUUGGACUGGAGGUACAAGUAACUUAGAAAUAAAUAACAAGGUGACAUCCUGACACUAUCAGAGUCAUUGAUGUGAUCACAAAACUGUUUCCUAAAUCAGCAUCUUCCUUUAAAGCUGAACAGUUAAGAAUUACCUGUCAAUGUUUUCUAUAUAUGAUCUUGAUAUUCCUACAAAGAAAAAAGAAGGGGUAAGAAUUGGCUUUGCCUUUACUAUAACACUAGAAUAUUGUAACUCACAUGCUUUCUAAACGUGAACUAAGAUUUCAUUUGGCAAUAUUAGAUUCUAAAGGUAAUAAAUUCCAACAGAAAUUACAUACAUAAAAAGAUCAUCUUAGAGCUUUUAUGGUACUAAUAAUUAAAUUGACAACCACAGAGCAAAGGAAAAUUAAUGGAAAUACCUUAUUAAAAUAUCAAAAAUUAUUACUGAAGGGAGGAUAGCAAGCUGUAGUUAACUCGAAAUUGACCUUAAAAGGAAAUGUGUAACAGAACUGAAAAAGGUUUUGAGCAAUGAAAAUAUUGUACUAUAGAAUUGCUCGACAAAGGAGUCAGAGGAAUUUCUAAGACCGUUCUUAUGACUUUUCUGUCCUUCACUUUGCUAUCAUCCCAAAAGGAUAGACUUUGUCUUUCUACAGACAACUCUACCUGGCCACACAUCUAUUAGAGAGUUCAUAUUGAAGAAGAAAAUAACCAAAGAAAGUUGGUACCUAGCCUUCUACAAAAGAAGUGUCACUGGAUACCAAUCAAUAAUGAACAUAUCAAGAAGCUCCUCUUCUAGCUAAAUGAUCUGGAUGAAGAGAUUUCUGACUUCCUCAUGAAUGUCAAGAAUAGCUGUCAGAAUAUGUAUGUAACUUGAGCGUAGGUACACAUAGGUGAAAUUGAUGUAGAAUAUGGCAACAGUAUUAGUUUUCUCCCCUUUCAGAUUGCCUUUCUCAACCUUACCAUGCCAUUCCAUAUAUCUGAGUUGUGCCUCAUUUAUUUAUUGGCAAUAUUUAGUGGUAUGGAUAACAAAAGAUAUGAAGAACUAUAAUAUUUAUUAAGAUUUAUCCUCUAAAUACCGUACUUAAAGGGAAAGAUGGUGAACGGUGAGUACUGUGUACUUAGGUCUUCAAAGGCAAAGCAGAAGACAAGCCACAAGGUAAAUCUGUAGACUGUUCACAUUCUCCUCUACCAGUCCCUUCAAGUAUUUUCCAUCCUCAUAGAUAUUUGGGAGGGAAAAUUAGACAAAAUGAUGUUUUGUAAUUCCUGUUGUUCCUCACAGCCCAUUUUUGCCCUGCUUAGAAUUGAUUGAAUUUAAAGGGACAGCUAGCUGCGUUCCCUUGGCUGUCAAUAUAUAGUGUUGUCGAAGAGCUAGUAAGCGCCAACUGCCUCAGCUCCUCUGUGUCCCGUUCCGCCCCCCUCACCCCCCCUCCCCCCCGCCCGCGGUUUUUCUUGAACUUGGGUUGCAGAGCUGCCCCUGCCCCUCCCCCAUAAUUGAGACUUGAGCAUUCUGAUGAAGACUGGGCAGUUGCCUGAUCUUCGUUCCUGUAGCCAAAGUUGUUCAUUAAAAUCCCAAAUCUACGUAAUGAAAAAAUACCAAAUACAGACACCUUUCAGCUACUUAAAAGUCACCAUCUUCCCUCCGCUGUACUCUCACAGCGAUUCAUUUUUUCUUACAAAACAUUUUAUUCUGGGUGGCACUUUUUAAGUGACAAACUAUUGAAGAUCUGGAAAAACGUGAGCUGCUCUGCAGUCGCCCUGCUCUGCACUGUGGUGGCCCCCGGUGCCAGUGCUGUUAAACCCUUCAGGCGAGGCUGCGGGGGUCAGUCACGUUGCUGCUAAGAGUGGUGUCAGACCAGAACCCAGAUGCUCAAAAGUACUCUGAUUUUUGAGCCGGAAUAUAUUGGAGGAAAAGCAAAUAUGAGGAAUGGGGAUGGCAAUAGGUAAAUACUACUGUUCAGUCUCCAAACUCUGUCCUAAGCUGAGGGGGUAAUUCGAGUCCCAUGCUCUGCUUUGUUACUUACAUCUGGUUUAGGAAUGUACUAGUAAUAAAAGAUGCCAGUGACUUUGAAUAGGUGGUUACAGAAUACUUAGUGCAGAAGAGUGAAAAUGUUAUUUGCGUUCUUCAGAAGUGCUAAGAGUCUUUGGUCAUUGCCUUAAAGCGGUCUGCUUGCAGUUAGUUAAGGGCACUGAAGCAGUGCAGCUCCAUGCAGGGCAUUGCAGUGAAGGGAGAUGAACCUUUGUUCAAGAGGCCUUAGAAAGGGGCCCCUCGAAAUAGUACUCUUUCUCCGGCUCCACAGUGGUGAAAAUUAUUUUCAACUGGAUAUUAUUCAACUUGAUUUCUAAUGUUUCCACUACAGUGAGGUAAACCUUUUCCUUUUUUUAAAGUGGAAUGCAAAUAGCAUUUUACUUUGGUAUUGCUCGUUUCUCCUUUUUUUCUUUUUCUCUAUUUCUUUGGUGAUUGAGUUUGUUGAUGAUGGACAUUUGUGGAAAACUCAUUCAAGUCUAUAACCUUUCCAAUAUCUGUGAUCCUAUUCCUAGUCCCUUGGGAGUCAGUGUUGGAAGGUAUAAACACUGGAUAUUACUAUUGCUGAGUGAGUCUAGCCAGGAGUGAGCAGAUUGGAAUUUUCAAAUGGUGGAAAAGGAACAGCACAAAGGCACUUGCCAUUUUAAUUAGCGAUUGGAGAGAGAGACCCUUUUAAGUUUGUUUGGGUUGGGUGAGCAUUCCUCUAAAAGGAGCUUCUGAAAUAAAUGCAAAGGAAAAGAGUCGACUAUUUUUAUAGCAUAUUUAAUAUAUUUGUAUAUAACUAUGAAUAUGGUAGGAACCCUCCACAUGCCUCCACUUUUCUAAUUUACUCCCCCUUUUGCCAUAGCACUAGUAUAGCCUCAUCCGCAUGGGUAACGUGCCUAUUGUCAGCCUACCAAAAGAUAGCGCUGCUGCUUUCUGAGACAGGUGAGACCACCCAACUCUCAUGCCUGGGGAUCCUUUCUGUAGGAAUAGCACACACUUCGAAAACAACAUAACCACAGUCUGAAAGCAUCAUUUUGAAAUGUAACAAGCACUUUAUUGCAACUAUUCAUUUUGAUAAAGUUUAUUAUCUUAAGCAUUACCAUUUCUAAAGGAUCCCCAAAUCAUCACUUAGGUGAAAUUUUAAAAUGAUACAUUUCUGAGAAAUGUUUAGAUCCAGUGAACCGUAGCAGGUUUCUGGGAGUGAUUUCAAGGUAGCCAAAUGAACUUUGACUUUGGUUCUGAAUGUGGCGGAGUCAGGAGAUUGUAGAUGGCUAGUUCCGUUUCGACACUAUUGUAAACCUGUCUUGCCUAUCGUGUGGACACCAAAAGAGACCAAUGAGCCUGUUUAUUUUCAGAGGCCUAGGACAGUUGCAUCAGUGUGAAUAGAUGUAUAGAACUAACCUAAAAGUGACUGGUAGUAAUAUUUUAGAAUAUGAUAAUUUCAAGAAUUCUUCUGGGUGUUUUAAAUGUGCUCUGAAAUGUUGGCAUGUCAUUUCAGCGUUUCCAUUUGAAUUGCUCUUAUAAUCUCUUUUGCACAAAAAGGACUGAGAAAAAGACAACUUCAGUUGAAGAAAAGUAUAAUUUGGUCUUAUUUUAAAUAUGUCUCCUGUGGAAACACAGGGGAUGAAUUUUGUUGGUAUAGUUAUUAUUAAUUCAGGAUAUUUAAAACAGUAUUGAACAGCUCACAAGAAAUUCAGCAAAUGUGGACAUUUAAAAAUUAAAACUUUGUUUCCAUGUGACUGUUUUGCAUAUUUUCCCCCUUGUCAUAAUUUAACACUACAUUCCUUGUUUUUCUUAAAUAAAAUAAUACUUUGCAGGUUC